GUUGGCUUCGUCUCCAAAAUCACUGUACCUCACAAACAUACAUGAUACAUACACCGCCUGCUACAAACGAAGAGGAGUUUGGGAGAAAAUAUAUCUUGCUUUUCCACUUUCCGGCCCUUUGGCCACCCCUGCCCCACGUCACCUGUUACAAAUACAUAGUAUCUCGACCUGCGUUCCCAACAAAGCCUUCAGCUCGACCGGUUCAGCCUCGUUCCCGCACUCUGAGGUGCCUGUGCCGCCCAAACCAAGUUUCCUACCAGCCCACACCGUUUGCCUCCCACAAUGUUCGCAGCGAAGAGACUAGGGAAGGAACUGGUCAAGGUAAUAGUCACAUGCCACCCCAAACUACACCGAAGGGUUUCUCGUCCGAACACCCUCGAUGAGCCGGCCUCGUCCUGCCUCUGCUGGCCUCCCGAUCUCCCAAACACCCGUUCUGACCCGUGGUAUCACGUCUAGGCGAAACAAAAACUCCCUCCCGGCAUCGAGCUGGUCAAAGCAGACGACUUCCGAGAAUGGCUGGUCGACAUACGAGUCCUGGACGCGAAUCCUCUGUACAUGAACCAAGUCUUCCGCCUCAGUUUCCUAUUCUCGGAGUCCUACCCCAUUGAAGCGCCCGAAGUCGUCUUCAUCAAGGUGCCACCCGCCGCAACCGACCCCGCGAUACCGCAACAGCAGGCACAAUCCCAGACCCCCUUUGCCGGCCGCCCCAUCCCGAUCCACCCUCACAUCUACUCCAACGGCAUCAUCUGUCUCGACCUGCUGGGCUCGGCCGGGUGGUCGCCCGUGCAGUCCGUCGAGUCCGUCUGCAUGAGCCUGCAGAGCAUGUUGACGGGGAACAACAAGAACGAGAGACCUCAGGGCGACGAGCAGUUCUGCCAGAGCAUGGGCGUCCGCGGGCCCGACGGCUGGAGCGGCUACAAAGGCAACGGCCGGGGCAGAGGCUUGAGGGAUGUACGAUUCGCUUACGACGACGACACGGUAUGAAAUGACUACGACAACAACAUGACGAGCAUGAAGGCGUUGGGAGUAACGGAGACGAUGUCGCUGGCUGGCCCUGGUUGGCGGUUGGUGGUUGGGAGGUCGAUUGGCGUCAGGACAAGACAGAACCUCUCCAUCAAUAUUCAGACGUUUCCAAAGUCGGGAAGUCACGCAGAUCAUGCAAAACUACCUGGGCGCUACAAGACUUGGGGGCAUUCCUGGGCUAUAUACCCUUCUUUCUAUUCUCAUCCUGCCUUGUGUUCUUGGUCCGGGCCUUGUUUGGGAAGGAAAAGACGCAGAGGUGCAAGGCUCAGGGAUACGGGAGCCAUCUCUGUUUCGCCAGCAUCGUGACAGGGCAUGGGAUGGCAUGGCGUGGCGUGGAAUGGGCAUGGUACAUGGUGCAACGCGGCAUGGUAUAACACAGAAUGACACGGAUGGUAUGGUCCUCACGGAGGCGACUCCAGGCUUGGACAUCGACGACACCUGCUGUAUCCAUGCAACCGGAUUGAAUUGGAGCCGGAGCCGAGCUGCUUCAUACGAUACGUAGGUAUGGAUAUGACUAACGAUACCAAACCGAUUUGCAACCAUGAAAUAAAAACGGCGUCUUGAGCUGCUCAUUACUACCUAGUAGUACCUAUGUAUGGAUACCUGGUCAUGCGUACGACUCCGCAAUGAUUUCU